CCAAGUGAAAGAAAACAGAACACCAUUGCAAGACAUGGGUGCUUCUGGCAACAAUCUUUUCCAAGUGCUCGCCAAGAACUUCGAUGUUCUUGCUCUGCCUUUGGUCACCCUCGUUUACCCUUUGUAUGCUUCAAUCCAGGCCAUAGAGACCAGGUCUAGUAUUGAUGAUCAACAAUGGCUUACUUAUUGGGUUCUCUAUUCUUUGAUCACACUCUUCGAGCUCACAUUUGCCAAAGUUCUUGAACUGCUUCCCAUUUGGCCUUAUGCCAAGUUGAUACUCAGUUGCUGGUUGGUUCUGCCACACUUUAAUGGGGCAGCACAUGUUUAUAGGUACUACAUUAGACCAUUCUAUAUGAACCCACGAAUGCCGCAAAUCUCACAAACUUCUCAGAUCUGGUUUAUUCCACGAAAGAACCUGUUCUCUAAGCAGGAUGAUGUUCUUGCUGCUGCUGAGAGAUACAUGGAAGAGCAUGGAACUGAAGCAUUUGAAAGACUCAUAAGCAAGGCAGAUAGAGAUGGUAGAGCAAGGAGGAAUGGAAAUCAUAUGAUCUUUGAUAAUGAUUAUGUAUAUUAAAAAAUUUCUCUUUCUUGUCACUUUGACAGUUGUUAAUACUUAAAUAGUUGUAUAAUGGUG